AUGUUCUCACUCCGAUCUUAUGUCUCUCUCGUUUUGAUCUCAGAGGAUGCAAAAUUAAGAAGACCACCUUCUCCUUACGCUGCAGAGGGUGUCCCUUUUCACCGCAAUGCAGAAGCGACGGUAGAGUUUGUUGACCUAUCCUUUCUUAUCUCUCCUCCAGCUACAUCAUCUGUCCGAAUUACUACCACCAUCAUCGACGUGGUGACAGUGAAAGGCGCGGAUUUUGCUGAGAUCCGUGACGUCUCUCUGGCAAUCGCUCACAUGGCGGUAGUGGCCAUGUUUGUCACCGUGACGAUUGCAGAUGUAAGAGGAUUGAGAGGAGGAAGAGAGAGAAGUUCCGCUAAGGCGCCGUCAUCGAAGGAGGAAGGAGUUUACAAAACAGCUGCUCUCUCUCUCUCCGGCACCGACACUACCACCACCACCAUUCCUAGGUUUCAUACGGAACCGCACAAAACCACCGAGGAGGAGGUGGAGACCCCCCGACAGUGCUUCCUGGCGUGCAAAGCUGCAGGUCCCACUCGAGCCACUGCCGUGCCCCCUUAA